UGUUCUGCCUCCAAUAUUUAUGGAGGGAAAACUUUUGUAAACUCUCGAUACGAUGUAAAUUUACACAAAUGAUGAAUAAUACGAUGCCGCGAAGUGAAUACAUCGCGAGAUGUGUGCUCUUGACUGUUUUCUGUGAACACUUUGAUAUUAUUUGCAAUUUGGAAAACUGUUCUAAAGUGUGAACAAUGAGAGGUUUCGCGAUCUCAUGCACGUUCAUCGCGAUAGCGGUGGUGCAAGCUGCGAGCACGGCAGACAAGAAGCCGCACUUUGUGCAGGAACCGCCAUCUCGGGUACUAUGGCCCGCUACGCGCGGUGCGUACGCAGCUUGCCGUGCCACAGGUCAUCCAACACCUGACUUACAUUGGGUUACAGCUGAGGGACAACUGUUGACGACAAUACCUGGCCUUAGGCACGUGUUGCCGGAUGGUAGACUUGUAGUUGGUGCCCGAAGAUCGCUUUUGGAUGCUGGUAGCGGUGCUAGCGGUGCUAUACUACGAUGCAGGGCUUCAAACCGUAUGGGAGUUGUACUGUCUCGACCAGUAUUGUUACAACCUGUGGAAGAUAACGUGCUAUCUCAUACGGCACGGCAGCUGACUCCAGCCAAAGUGGGUAGCUCGGUGGUGCUACGAUGCGAUGUAUCACCCCAAGUUGGUCUCGUGGAUAUCGCGUGGUUACAAGAUGGUUUGCCAUUGUCAUCGGGAUAUUUGGCUUCUGACUCGAGGUGGAUAUCCGGAGCGGGGGGCCUGUUACUGGGGUCCGAACUAACUCAAGCUGACAUUCAAGCUGAGUAUUCGUGUGUAGCGUUAGAUAUGCCGAGCCUACCUUUGAAGCUUACAACUGAUGAUAGCAGUUGGUUGGAAAAUGUCGAAAUAAAUUCCGUUGAAGCACGAGCUGGUGACACUGCAAUACUACCAUGUAUAUUGAGACACGUUACUGGUCACACGAUAAGUUGGCAGCGGCAGGAUGCCACCGGUACUUGGACAGCAGCAACAGGAGAAGGAACAGUGCGCAGUGGUGCACUCAUAAUGCCAAAUGCAAGGGAACACCACGCUGGUCGAUAUGCUUGCUCGUCUGGUCUUGAAUCAUCACCACGUAUGCUAAUACGCUUAACGGUUUAUGAACCAUUGAGUUUAACUGUUACACCCAAUCCUCUGAUGUUAGGAACAGGAGCAACUGGAUUUUUUAAUUGCUCAGUACACGGUGGACGAGGAGGUGGAGUUACGAUGAGCUGGCAGCACGAGGGAAGACCUCUUCAUGCCCCACAAUCACGAUUGUCUAUCGGCCCUGUAAGGUCUCACCAUGCCGGCCUUUAUCAAUGUACUGUACAUGAUCAUACGGAAUCUGCUGUCGCCGCCGCCGAACUACUUAUUGCUGAUAGGCCGCCAAGGUUGGUAUCUACAUUCAGUGAGGCCGUCACAAGAACUGGUCAGAGUAUAGCUUUGAAAUGUGCGGCUACUGGUGUACCUCCUCCAAGGAUAUUAUGGACAUUAGACGACAGACCGUUACCUGCGGCACCCGAUAGAUAUAGUGUUAAUACCAGAGCCGAGAAUUUGUCUGGAAGCGAUGAAGGGACCAUAGUAUCAAUUUUAAGUGUGACUAUUCGAAGUGCUGACGAAGGUGGAAGGUAUGGUUGUAAUGCAACGAAUUCGCGUGGAUCACAUGCUCAUCAUGCAAGAUUAAAUGUAUAUGGUCCACCGAAUAUCCGAUAUCUACCUCCUAUGCACGUGAAGACUGAUACAGAUAUAACCUUAAACUGCCCUUAUUCAGGAUAUCCUAUCAAGGAAGUAAUAUGGCGACGGGAUGAUGGUUCUGUAGUAGAAUCAGUGAUUGAAUCCGGCGAUGACCGGGGUCUCUUAAGACUAAGUUCAUUAAGGAGUUCGGCGGCUGGUAGUUACACUUGUGAAAUACACGCUGAGAGUGGGGAAAUAGCUCGUAGAACAGUACGCAUAGAAGUACAUAAACCACCAAAGAUAGCUUCAUUUCAUUUUCCCGAAGAACUUGAAGUUGGAGGAAGUACACAAGCGACUUGUAGUUUAGUAUCCGGUGAUAAACCAAUACAAUUCACUUGGCAUAAAGAUAAUUUACCAAUUCCAUCAGUUUUAAAGGCCGAACAAAAGAAUAUGGAUUUUUUCACAAUUCUGAUUAUCCAAGAUCUAACUUCGGCUCAUAGUGGAGAAUAUUCAUGUAAAGCAACAAAUGACUUUGGUACUAUAAGCCAUAGCGCCACGUUAACCGUCAAAGAACCACCCACGUGGGUAUGGCGAGCCCAAAAUACAUCGGUUUCGGCCGGAGCAGCUAUACUUCUACCGUGCUCAGCCAAGGGACAACCAUCACCAAGAAUUUCAUGGGAGUACUCACCAGAUGGCGAAAAUUGGCGGCACGUAUUAUGGGGACAGUCAGAAACAAUGGAUGUUAGUGGAGGAUCAAUCCUUUCUGAUGGUACAAUAUGGUUGAGAGCUUCAUCACCGGACCAUGAAGGCUGGUACCGUUGUACAGCGCGUGCCCAACAUGCAUUUUUACAUCAUAUAUUUUAUCUUGAUGUUAGAGAGCCUCCAAGAUUAAGUAGAAGUGGAGGUGGGGGUGAAACACGAUGGGUUGUUAGAGGAUCAACUGCAAGACUUUCCUGUACAGUAAAAGGUGAACCGGAAAUUCAUAUACAUUGGACACAUGAUUUAAGGCCAUUAGCCUUACAUGGUAGUGGUGGCAUAGAAACAAAAGAUGCAGGAAACGGUGCGAUACUGUCAGAAUUAACCAUUACACAUGCAGGACCGGAACACGCCGGCGAAUAUCGAUGUCUUGCGCGAAACCUUUAUGGGAAUGAUGAGCUAAUAUAUCGCCUAUUUGUAAAGGAGCGUCCAUCAAUACCUGAAGAAGUUAGAGUAUCAGAAGUAUGGUCAAGAAGAGCUAGAGUUACUUGGAGACUAGCUCGCGGAGCCUUAGUUUCACAUUAUUCUCUGCAGUACCGUGCUCUUAAUCGAGAUUUAACAAUCGCUCCACUUGACGCUCCGCUAUCCGCUCUGCUCGACACAUGGGACUCGCCCGAUAUCCUCAACGUCACGUUAACUAAUUCGGAUUUGCUUCAUGUCGCGUCAGAAGGGCCGGGUCGGGCGGGCGCGUUGGUGGCGGGAUUAUCUCCCGAUACGCGAUACGCACUUAGGCUAGCCGCCUACAAUGAUGUCGGCGGCUCCUCCUAUACCGCACCUCUACACUUCACCACUCGAGAAGAAGCACCGGGAGGAACACCACGUGAUAUCACAGUGCGGGCACUUAGGGCUCGAGAGCUUCAUGUCACUUGGCAGCCGCCAUCGAGGGAGACUUGGCACGGCACCUUACUGGGAUACACGAUCAAAUGGUGGGAAGUGACCGAAGAGGGCAAAGGUGUCAUAAGUGAUAACCCAGGAUCGGAGAGCGGGGCUAGCGCUGACGCCACUAGUACUACUUUAAGAGGAUUAAAGGCAGCCACCCGGUAUGGGGUGACGAUACGAGCCUAUAACGCGGCGGGACCCGGCCCGGUUUCACCUCCUCACUAUCGACAUACUUUAGAAUCACCACCGACGGGUGGGCCCGAAGGAGUGUCGUGUUUGGCAAGUAGUUCAACAUCUCUGCGGGUGUCAUGGCGACCCCCGGCUAUCGAUAAUAGAGGUGGAUUGAUAACACAUUACACAUUACAAUAUACUAGACGUGAUGUUGAUCCAUUGCUUCCAUCCCAAGAUGCCUAUCUACGAGUUCAGGGGGAAGAGGCCACUGUAUCUAGACUGACCUCGUAUGCGGAAUACGAAAUAAGAGUUCGGGCACAUAAUGCGGCAGGUGAUGGACCGCUGUCCGCUCCACAAGUGUGCAGAACUGAUGAAGACGUACCAAGCGCCCCAGGUGGAAUGAAGUUGAUUGCUCUAAGCGAACGUUCAUUAAGAGCUUCGUGGUUACCACCUCCAGAGCCAAAUGGAAAACUUACCCAUUACAGUCUAUAUGUCAAGGAUUUAUCUGGAUCCCAAGAAGCAAACAUAUCUCGGGUUAAUGCGUGCACGGAGCCGGAAGGGGGGUCUGUGGAAUGUAUGAAAUCUUUGCGUGGUCUCCGCGCUGGAAGAACAUAUGAGGCCUGGGUGAGAGCAUCCACUGCUGCUGGAGAAGGCCCACCAUCUGCUGCUGUUGCUUGCCAAACUAGCUCAUUAGCACCAGCCCGUAUUUCUUCAUUCGGAGGGUUGACUAUGGGAGCUGCAGGGAGCUCCUUAUCAUUACGUUGCGUGGUUGGAGGAGCCCCUCCACCAGCUAAACGUUGGCUUCGAGGCGGAAGUCCAUUGCAUCCACGUGCCCCAUUUCAUCUUGAUGGCGACGCCUUAGUAAUUCGAAGUUUGGAUUUAUCACACGCUGAUAAUUACACAUGCGUCGCUGAAAAUCCUCACGGAUCAGAUUCCGUUACGUGGCGAGUAGUGGUAUUGAGGCCACCUACACCACCUGGUCUAGCUUUAUUGGAAGCUCGGUCACGGGAAUUAGAAUUGGAAUUGCGACCAGCUUCUAGAUCACCUGGACAUGCUUUACCUAAAGCUUAUACACUGCACUGGAGACUUGCAAUGCAUGAGGGUGAAUGGCGAAUUCAAGCAGCGACCCCAGGACCAAUUACAUUGACGAGUUUACGUUGUGGUUCAUCAUAUAAAGCAUAUGGUUCUGCUGGAGGUGCUCCAGGGGCUGAAAUAACUGUCCGAACCUCCGGUGGACCACCAAUUGCACCACCAGAUGGAAGGUGGAUUCGAACUAAUGCAACACAUGCUAGGUUCGAUACAAGUGCGUGGAGUGACGGCGGUUGUGGCCCCGUUGCACUGAAGUUGGAGUGGGCUGGUUCUGGUGUAGCCGGAGCGAGGGAUGUGCCUGUAGGAGGAGAAGUUAUACUGGGCGGUCUGACACCCGGUUCACGGUACCGUGUUGCUGCUCGUGGUACAAACGAAGCUGGUUUAACUCGUGAAGUGUAUGAGUUCACCACUACACCUUCUGAAGGAGGUUUCGCUGAAGAAGUUGACGCUCCGUUUCCAGCCACAGCUGGUGAACUUGCAUUGUUGCUUGCACUGUGUGCGGCGCUGUCACUUGCUGCACUCACUAUAUUAGCAAUACUCCUUAGACGUAAGAGAAGCGACGGCGCGGUAGCGAGGGUUUCAACGAGUGCUGAGAAAUCAGGAUGCGGCACCUAUAGGGCACCUCCUCAUCAAACACCGAAAUUACCACCAGAUCCACCAGAUGUAUAUGAAAUAAGUCCAUACGCAACAUUUGCGGGUGGUCCCGGCUCGGUGCAGGGCGGGGGCGGAUCUCGCGCUUACACGCUACAAUUGCGAGCGCUCGCUCGCCAUGAUGAUGACGCCGCGCCGCCGCCGCAUCAGUCGUGUUGUGACGAGGAGACAUGCGUGGACGCAUGUGAUGCGCAGCGGCGAAGGAGGCGCCGACGGCACUAUUGCCCCGAUCACGGUUGUUCACAAGACUCAGGAAGUUGAGAAACGAAACUGCCAAAUUCUUUAGUAAAAAAUUGUCUAUAGCCAG